AAGACCAAACAGAAAAGUAAACCAACAGAAGCAGGAUACGCUUGAGAUUUACAAAUUGAUAUCUAGUCUUUUGAGUUUUGAAUUUUUUAAUUAUUUUCUGAAAAGCUUUUCAGAAUUUACUUUUAUAAUUUCGGUUUUUAGAAACUGAUAGAAUAUUUAAUUUUUUAAAUAAAGUUAUUUUUAAAAUCAUAAAACAAUUUAAAAAAAAAAAUCGUCAUAUCUGCUUUGAAAAGCUACAGAAACUCACCAGGCAAAAAAAGAAAAAGAAAAAAACAGAAAAAGAAAUGCAUAUAACUUGCAAAUUAAGGUUUAUUAUUAUCCACUCUUUUGACAUUUGUAAAUUGCAGGAUUGCAGUUUGAAACCUAACCAUCUGAACUGUCCUAUAAAUCUAAAACAGACAAGAAACGAACAAAAAUCAAUAAUGCAUUCAAAACUAAAGAACUAUGAAUUUCCGUACUUAUGAACGACAUGAAAAGAUUUAUAGAACACGUCCGUACAGCGGCAAACCAUUACGCGUCCCUUCUUCAGUUAUGUUGCCCUCAAAGUCCCAUCUCUUAUCCCUUUGCUCGUACAAUCCAUGCCCACAUGAUAGCUUCUGGGUUCAAGCCACAUGGCCAUACUCUCAACCGCUUGAUCUAUAUUUACUGCAAAUCAUCGAAACUCUCAUAUGCGCGCAGCCUGUUCGACGAAAUCCCCCAACCAGAUAUAGUUGCAAGAACAACGUUGAUUAAUGCGUAUUCUGCUACUGGGCAUUUAAAACUUGCAAAAGAGAUGUUUUAUGAAACUCCGUUGAUUAUGAGAGACGCUGUUAUUUACAAUGCUAUGAUCACUGCUUACUCGCAUAAUAAUGAUGGUCAUGCUGCUAUUGAACUAUUCUGUGACAUGAAAAGGAAUGAUUUUAGGCCUGAUAAUUUUACUUUUACUAGUGUUCUUGGUGCACUGGCACUUGUAGCUGAAAAUGAAAGGCAUUGCCAGCAGCUACAUUGCACGGUGGUGAAAUCUGGAACAUGGUUUGUUACUUCAGUGUUGAAUGCAUUAAUAUCUGUUUAUGUUAAGUGUGCAUCGUCGCCAUCAGUAAUAUCGUCGUCCUUGAUGGGUGCAGCUAGGAGAUUGUUUGAUGAAAUGCCUGUAAGAGACGAAUUGUCGUGGACGACUAUUAUUACUGGGUAUGUCAAGAAUGAUGAUCUUGAUGCAGCAAGGGAAGUUUUUGAUGGGAUGAGAGAGAAAUUGGUGGUGGUAUGGAAUGCAAUGAUUUCAGGUUAUAUGCAUCGUGGGUUAUAUCAAGAAGCAUUGGAGAUGUUCAGGAAGAUGUAUUUAGCAGGAUUAAAAUUGGACGAGUUUACAUACACUAGCAUUAUAAGCGCUUGUGCGAAUGCUGGUUUUCUUCAGCAUGGCAAGCAAGUGCAUGCGUACAUUUUAAAAACGGAGGCCAUGCCUUCACCAGACUUUUCAUUGCCUGUGAAUAAUGCGUUGGUUACAUUAUACUGGAAAUGUGGUAAAGUUGAUGAGGCGCAAGAGGUAUUUAAUAAUAUGCCAGUGCGAGAUCUUGUAUCCUGGAAUACAAUUUUAUCUGGGUAUCUUAAUGCUGGGCGCAUGGAUGAAGCUAAAACCUUUUUUGAAGAGAUGCCUGAGAAGAACAUUUUGUCUUGGGUUGUAAUGAUAUCAGGAUUAGCUCAAAAUGGGUUCGGGGAAGAGGGUCUAAAGCUGUUCAACCAGAUGAAAUUACGAGGUUUUGAACCGUGCGAUUAUGCAUUUGCAGGAGCUAUUACUUCUUGUUCUAUGCUUGGAUUAUUGGAACAUGGACGCCAACUGCAUGCUCAACUUGUACGGUUUGGGUUCGAUUCAAGUCUUUCAGCAGGAAAUGCACUGAUAACAAUGUAUGCAAGAUGUGGUGUUGUUGAAGCUGCACGCACUUUAUUCCUUAGUAUGCCUUGCGUUGAUUCAGUAUCAUGGAAUGCCAUGAUUGCAGCACUGGGGCAGCAUGGAUAUGGUGUUCAAGCAAUUGAACUUUUUGAAGAGAUGUUGAUAGAAGGUAUAUUGCCUGAUCGGAUAACUUUUCUCACAGUUCUCUCUGCUUGUAGCCAUGCUGGUUUAGUUAAAGAAGGGCACCGUUACUUUAACUCAAUGAGUCGUGUCUACAGAAUAACCCCAGGUGAAGAUCAUUAUGCCCGUGUUAUUGACUUGUUAUGUAGAGCUGGGAGAUUCUCAGAGGCAAAGAGCGUAAUGGCAUCAAUGCCUUUUGAGCCUGGUGCUCCAGUUUGGGAGGCUCUUCUUGUAGGUUGUCGUCUACAUGGGAACAUGGAUCUGGGUGUUACAGCUGCAGAGCGACUCUUUGAGCUGAAGCCCCAACAUGAUGGAACCUAUGUACAGUUGUCAAACAUUUACGCUGUAGCAGGGCGAUGGGAUGAUGUGGCUAAAGUGCGGAAGUUAAUGAAGGACCGAGGGGUGAAGAAAGAACCUGGUUGUAGUUGGAUUGAAGUUGAAAGCAUGGUUCAUGUAUUCUUGGUUGAUGAUGCUGUUCAUCCUGAGGUACUAGCGGUUUAUAAUUAUCUUAAUCAGCUGGGCCUGGAAAUGAGAAGAUUAGGGUAUGUCCCAGAUACAAAGUUUGUGUUGCAUGAUAUGGAGUUUGACCAAAAAGAAAAUGCCUUGUCCACUCACAGUGAGAAGCUUGCAGUUGCUUUUGGACUUAUGAAACUUCCCCGUGAAGCCACUGUUAGGGUUUUCAAGAACCUUAGGAUCUGUGGUGAUUGCCAUAAUGCAAUCAAAUAUAUAUCAAAAGUUGUCGAGAGGGAAAUUGUUGUGAGAGAUGGAAAGCGGUUUCAUCAUUUUCGGGAUGGUAAAUGCUCUUGUGGUGAUUACUGGUAGGAAAUUUCUGACAAGUCAGAGAGUUAAGAUGCAAAUUUAGACAUUUGCUUGGGAUGUGGUGGCCCUUAAAGAAAUGCAGUCUUGCCUUAAAAAAUAUAUCAAAAGUCUGAAAUAUUUAAGGUUCAAGUCAAACAUUUGUUGGUCUUUUGGCGGUUCUUCAAAAUGAAGCAUUGCUUUGAAAAUAUUUAUUAGGGAAACUGUUGUCACAAAUGGAAGAGGUAUCAUCAUUUCAGGGGUGUUGAAUUGCAGUGAUUACUUAUAGGCAGCUUCUGUUAAAAUAUCAAACAGUUAAGAGUUCACAUCAGAAAUUUGUUUGGCUUCCGGUGAAGUUCCUAAAUGCAGCCUCGCCAGUUGCCUCAGUGAAUGCCUGUAUACGAUUCUUUUCAAAAGUUAAUACAGCAUUGUCACACUAACCAAAGGCUUUAGUUUUCUUUUUCACUUGAAACAUUCAUUUAUCAGAGUUUCCUUUAAUAGAAAUAGGAGCUCAAGAAGAAGUGACUUGUAUUGCAAUCUCCAAAGGGAUGAUUGAUUUUUCAACGGGGGGUAGCACUGCGACAUUUGUUAUAGUAAUUCUAUCAAAUGGGGAAUUAUCAUUGCUUGUUUUGAAAAACUUUUCUCAAGUAAUGCAUUUCACAUAUUACUUCUAGCCA